UACGGCUUCUAACAUGCUGUCCCGCGAAGAGAUCAACCAACUGGUUCUCGAGAAUGUUCCUAUUAAGAAGGGUCGUCGGUAUGGUAUCGGUCGUACCUCCGAAGCUAUCUCAACCUCAUCAUCUCAGCACUCAGUUUCUUCCUCAAGUAUUCUUCAGUACAUCGAUCGGAUGAAGACGGAGCUUGAUGAAGAGCGGACAAAACGUCGAGCUAUUGAGGAAGAGCUUCGUCGCGUGACCGUUUUCAUUUCCAACCUUUGCCCCGAGCAGUUCUCUGCAACUCAAACCCAGCCGGACUCUGCAACCCAAAGCCCCGACGAUCGAUGUUUCUAGUAAGGAACUUUGGUUUUUUUUUUUUACUUGCUUGACCUUUGCCAACCGUUUU